UUCACUGCCGAAACACGCCACCGUCGAAUGAAGCAGGUAAUUAUCGACCGUAAACAAUGUUCGAAACAACGAAGAGACGAAGAGCGGAGAGACGAAUUGAGAACCACUAGGUAAAGAAUAGCAGCAGAAGCAACAGCAACAGCAGAGUAGGUACCCGCUAGGCAGUCCGACCGAACCACCAAAGACGCCAACACGGCGGUAAACUAUUGCUGUUUAUUCUUUCUUCCCUUUUUUUUACCUUCAACUUCGGACAGUGGUACGGCAGUGUGUUUUAUUUUAUUUUUCUCAUACCCUCAUGCUUCAACCGUUGCUGUUAGUUUUUAUUGUAUAAAUGAAGUUAGACGAAGCCGGACCUGCAUCAGUUUACCGGUGAUCCUUGUGGGGUGCGUGAAUUAAAAAAAAAAACACAAAAAUGUUGUGUUUCGUCCUGUUGCUGCUGUCGGUGGUGGUCGGUGCCGUGGUUCGGCCGGUCGUCAGUUUCUCUUCGGCAACCGGUUUCUACAUCGACAAUGGCCAGAAUCAAACAGUACGGGAAAAAACGGUCACGAUGCAAGAUCGACAGGAGAUUGAGCACGAAAUUUUGGAACUGCUCGGACUUCCGGAUCGCCCGAACGAGAAGCACAUUCAUCCGUCGUUGCGAAAGUCGGCACCGCAGUUUCUGCUUAAUAUCUAUCACAAGUUUACCGAGGAGGGCAGUGCGCGGGGGAAAACACGGCAGAAGAGAAGUGCUGGUGUUGGUGCGGAAGGUUCUCGGUUUUACAGUCGCAGCUUGUUUACGGUUGCCGAUGAGCGUGCGAUCGAGGAAAGUGACGUGAUCAUGUCGUUUCUGAACAAAGGAAACCGAAACAUGCCCAAGAUUCGGCAUCGACGGUACGGCGAACGGUUGUGGUUCGACACCAGUGAGACCGGGAAGGACAGCGGAUCGGUGGUUUAUGCUAGUUUAAGGAUCUACAAAAACUCCACCUUGGACCGGUGGAGCGCGAUCACCAAGGGCCGGUCGAUCACGGUACGGGCAUCGAUCGUUCGGGAGUACGAUCCGAAGCGAGGUGGUGAGCACACGAUGGAAUUUUUGGCCGAUCAAACCGUUCCGUUCAACUACGAAGGCUGGCUGGAAAUCAACGUGACGGAUGCGAUGAUCCGAUGGAUGGCGAGCACCAUCAGCAACAAGGGAAUCUUCGUGGAUGCUUUCCACAGCGAGAGCCCACAGAAAAACGUCCGACCGCAGGACCUGGGACUGAUUCUGUCCAACAAGUUCGGUCGUUACCAGCCAUUCCUGGUCAGUUACUGUAAGGCCAGGGAACUGGUGAAACCCGUAGUCCAUUCCGGUCGUUCGAAACGUAGCGUGGUGAAGGUCGCCAAGAAGACGGUCCGUCCGAAGAAUCCCUUCCUGGAACGGUGGACUCAGCGCGAGAAGAGCUGCCAGAUUCAUACGCUGUACGUCAGCUUCCGGGAUCUUCACUGGCAGGAUUGGAUCAUCGCACCGGACGGAUUCGGGGCCUUCUUCUGUCACGGUGAGUGUAGCUUUCCGCUGAACGCCCAGAUGAAUGCAACCAACCAUGCACUGAUUCAGAGUCUGGUGCACUCGAUCAGCCCGGGACGGGUGCCGAAACCGUGCUGUGCUCCGACCAAGCUGAAUCCGAUUUCGGUGCUGUACCACAUCGACGAUGCGAAUAUCAAUCUGAAAAAGUACAAGAACAUGGUGGUGAAAAGUUGUGGCUGUAUGUGAGAGAGUUUAGUUGUUGUGUAAGUUGUACUAUAAAUCAGUUUCUUUUUUUUAUUCAAUAAAACCUGU